AUGACCCAAGUCUCCGGGGGCCCGCUGCCUCCACCCACAGGGGGCCCAGGCCCUGGGCCUAAGCAGGGCCCAGGACCCGGAGGCCCGAAGGGCGGCAAAACAGGCGGGCCGAAGCCCGGCGGUGGCCCGGGCCUAAGCACUCCUGGCGGCCACCCCAAGCCACCGCACUGAGGCGGCGGGGAGCCCCGCGGAGGUCGGCAGCACCACCCGCCCUACCACCAGCAGCACCACCAGGGCCCCCCGCCUGGCGGGCCAGGCGGCCACAGCGAGAAGAUCUCCGACUCAGAGGGAUUUAAAGCCAACUUGUCUCUCUUGAGGAGGCCUGGAGAGAAAACUUACACUCAGCAUUGUUGGUUGUUUGUUGGGAAUCUACCUGCUGAUAUCACAGAGGAUGAAUUCAAAAGACUUUUCGCUAAAUAUGGAGAACCAGGAGAAGUUUUUAUCAAUAAAGGCAAAGGAUUUGGGUUUAUUAAACUUGAAUCUAGGGCAUUGGCUGAAAUUGCCAAAGCUGAACUUGAUGAUACACCCGUGAGAGGUAGACAGCUUCGGGUUCGUUUUGCCACACACGCUGCCGCUCUCUCCGUUCGAAAUCUUUCACCUUACGUUUCCAAUGAACUGUUGGAAGAAGCCUUUAGCCAAUUUGGUCCUAUUGAAAGGGCUGUUGUAAUUGUGGAUGAUCGUGGGAGAUCUACAGGGAAAGGCAUUGUUGAAUUUGCUUCUAAACCAGCAGCAAGAAAAGCCUUUGAAAGAUGCAGUGAAGGUGUUUUCUUACUGACAACAACUCCUCGUCCAGUCAUUGUGGAACCACUUGAACAAUUAGAUGAUGAAGAUAGCCUUCCUGAAAAACUUGCACAGAAGAAUCCAAUGUAUCAAAAGGAGAGAGAAACGCCUCCUCGUUUUGCCCAACAUGGCACAUUUGAGUAUGAAUAUUCUCAGCAUUGGAAAUCCCUGGAUGAAAUGGAAAAACAGCAAAGGGAACAAGUUGAAAAAAACAUGAAAGAUGCAAAAGACAAAUUGGAAAGUGAAAUGGAAGAUGCCUAUCAUGAGCAUCAGGCAAAUCUUCUGCGUCAAGAUCUGAUGAGACGCCAGGAAGAAUUAAGACGCAUGGAAGAACUUCACAAUCAAGAAAUGCAGAAACGUAAAGAAAUGCAACUAAGGCAAGAAGAAGAACGACGUAGAAGGGAAGAAGAGAUGAUGAUUCGUCAGCGUGAAAUGGAAGAACAAAUGAGACGCCAAAGAGAGGAAAGUUAUAGCCGGAUGGGCUACAUGGAUCCAAGAGAAAGAGACAUGAGAAUGGGUGGUGGAGGAGCAAUGAACAUGGGAGAUCCCUAUGGUUCAGGAGGCCAGAAAUUUCCACCUCUAGGUGGUGGAGGUGGCAUAGGUUAUGAAGCUAAUCCUGGAGUCCCACCAGCAACCAUGAGUGGUUCCAUGAUGGGAAGCGACAUGCGUACUGAGCGCUUUGGGCAGGGAGGUGCGGGACCUGUGGGUGGACAGGGUCCUAGAGGAAUGGGGCCUGGAACUCCAGCAGGAUAUGGUAGAGGGAGAGAAGAGUAUGAAGGCCCAAACAAAAAGCCCCGAUUUUAGAUGUGAUACCUAGGUUUUCAUUCCAGUUUGUUUUUGUCUUUUCUUGUUUAGAUACCAAUCUUUUAAAUUCUUGCAUUUUAGUAAGAAAGCUACCUUUUUAUGGAUGUUAGCAGUUUAUUGACCUAAUAUUUGUAAAUGGUCUGUUUAGGCAGGUAAAAUUAUUUAAUGCAGUGUUUCAUAUGGGAAUUUUUUUUCUUUUUAUUUACUUUUUUUUUUUAACUGUAUAAUGUCCCUCAAGUUAUGGCAGUGUACCUUGUGCCACUGAAUUUCCAAAGUGUACCAAUUUUUUUUUUUACUGUGCUUCAAAUAAAUAGAAAAAAUAGUUAUAA